AGAUAGAUAGACAGACAUAGCUACAUAAACAUUUAUAUGGAAUCCCAACGAAUUUGUAUUUCUCAUUUGAUUUCAAGCUACUGAUAGUGAGAACUAACGAACGAACGUAGUACCUAAACUACUUGUACGCUUUGACUUCUCAUAUUUAUUGAGUUGGAACUACAACAAAGAGCACAAAAAAAAAACAAAAACAAAUUAACAAAAUAUAAACAACAGAACCUGUCGAGCUUAAUUGUAUUCUAAAGUGACCGGCGACCACUUUUAUAAUCACAAUCAAACCUUUGUAGACUGUAGACGCGCAAAGACCACCACAAAAAAAACCUAAACGAGUUAAACAAAACUUAAAAAUAUUGAAAAAAUAAAAAAUUUAAAAAUCUAAGUUUUUUUUUCUAAAAAUUAAUAAAAACCAAUUUCCAAUUGUAUUUCUAGAAUUAUUAUUCAAUAACACAAAUAUUUAAAACAAAAACCAAACAAACUAGUGAAUUUUUAAUUUGCUGAUUUAAUAAAUAACAAACAAACAAAAAAUAAAUAAAUUAUUUAAAAAUUGUGAGUGAAUUCGUUAAAUUUACAAAAACCAAAAAAUAAAAAUCAACAGCAUAAAAAUGAAAUUAUUUAUGGCAGUAUUGUUCGCCACCUUGGCUUUGAAUGGUGUUUUGUCAUUACCAGCACGCACCGAGGAUGCUGAAGUAAUUGGUGGACCACGACGUGUUUUAACACGAGCUGAUGAUGAUGACGCUGCUGCUGGUGACGAUGAUGAUUUUACAAAUUUUAAAGGUGUCAUUGAUACCGGUUCGGGAUAUCCUUUCCUACAACCCAAUCCAUCGGUGAUACGUGUGGGUUUCUUUGAUUCAUUUGAUGAUCUCUUCCGUCGCUUUAGUGCACGCUUAUUCCCGGUAGGUGUAUUCAGUAGAGCUGGCAGUGAUGACAGUGAUGAAGAUGAUGAUUCUACAGAUAUUGGUUUCCCCACCAUCGAUCCCAAAAAGGCCAAUAGCACUUCAACUGUAAAGGUGGUCGAUGGCCAUAAAGUGGAGGUAAACGAAACGGUUUAUGGUGAUGAAAACAGUGUCUUCAAGGUACGUGUGGUCAACAUACGCCCCUUGGAAGAUGGCGAAACAGUGGAGGAAACCGAAAACAAAGACAUUAAACCCGUUACCCAAGGACCCGAGGUCAAAGCACCCAAUGCCGAAUCAACUGAGUCUGAGGAGAAACGUGAACCUUUGGAAAAGAAACCAUUAGAAAAUGAAAUUCAGGGCAAUAUUGAUGAGCCGGAGCACUCAAUUGCUAAAAAGGAAAACAUUGUUGAAACUACUGCAGCAACAACUAUACCGACAACAACAGUUGAUACUACCACUAUGUUGCCAACAACAGAAGACAUAAACGCUGCAUUUGUUACAGACAAUAGUCUUGAACAACAGGAAUAUUCAGCUGCAGAAGAGUUGCAGGGAGCCAACGGAAACGGAAAUAACGAAUUUGAAACCAAUAUGUCUGAAGACAACGAUAACAGCAACAACGACGACAACGACGAUGUCGUCGACAAUAUUGACAAUGUGGAAAAUCCAGAAGUUGAACAUACAAUUGAAAAUAAUGAGGAUACAGAAGAGGAAGUAAAUGACAAUUUAAAUGAAUCAUCAAGUAGCAACAACGCUGACGAUGACGACUCUGACAAGGAGCAACAAAAUAAUGAGAAUGACGAUGACGAAGAUGCAAAUGCAGAUGCUGAUGUUGAAAUUGUCAAUUUGAAGAAAAAGUUAAAUACAAGAAAUUAUUCAGCUGCCAUACGCAACAAAGAACGCGAAGACGAAUCAUCUUCAGAUGAUGAAGAUGCCAUCGCCCCUGAAAUGCAUCCAACAUUCAAUGAUGAAUGGGGCAGCAUUAAUGAGCCAACUAAUGAGCAAAAUGAUUUGAGCAACGAUAUUGAUGUCUACGAUGUCGUACCAAUUGAUUUAUCCAAUGACAUUGCCGUCAAUGAUGCUGCCGAUUUGCCACUUAAUCCCGAUGCUGAAUUCAUUGAUGUCUAUGGUGUGCAGCAUCAAUCAAACUCUAUGCCUAAAUUUGAAAAGCUUUCUUUAGACUAUCAGCCACCCUCUGAGGAGGAUUGGUCUAAUGCUCCUGCAAAAUAAUAAGUAUAAAAUUGACAAUAAUGAUUUUAUUUUGUAGUUUAAAAGU